AUGGUUCAUCCUGAUGUCGUCCUGGUCGUGCGAUUUUGGAUUUUUUCCAGUACAUUGCUCAUGAUCUAUAUGCCAUCGCUUUUUGUACGUCAUAUCUAUCGAGUUAAAGCUGUUGGCUCAGCGUCACUUGUGCCCAUUUUUCUCGUCCUUGCCAAUUCACAUGUGUGGAUGUUGUAUGGCUACUUAGGCAAAACAUGGUUUCCAAGCUUUCCAGUCUUUCUUAUUGGUGACAUUGUUUCCUUGACCUACCUUCUUAUCUACUGGCGGUACUCGAAAAAUCGUCGUCAAGUGGCGAAAUGCAUUGGUUUUAUGUUUGCCUGGCUCUUGGUCCCUUCAUUCUACGUGACUGUUGCUAGUCUAGGUCUAACAGGCCAGACACGAGCUGAGAUUUGGAAAACCCAUGGCUUGUGCUUUUGUGACGUUACUGUUAUUUUAACCCACAUGGUCAUGCUUAAGAAUCUCGUCCACGCGUUCGAAACUAGAUCUGCUGUGUCACUCGCUCCACGGUCUUUGGCUAUGACCACUUUCAAUACCUUUGGAUGGUUCACGUUUGGCCGCGUGACUUCAAACUGGAUCAUUGCUGCCCCACAAAUAUUUGUCAUCACACUUCAUGUGGCCGCAUGGACCAUGUACAUUGUCUUCACUCGCCAGAACCCGAGUCCAAAGACGGCUGAGAGUAUGAUGGAAGAGGGCUCUACUGCCAUGUCUACCGUCGGCCUCUCGCCCAAGGCUGUUUUCAAUGGCUCCAAGAAGGAAGGAACUGUCCCUAGCAGUCCAGAAUACCAAGCACUUCAGUCGCCACUGGCACCACUGUAA